AUGGACGAUCACAUGCAGCAGACACAACCGUCUCCUUUCAAUUUUUCAAGUUUACUUAACCCCGAUAAGAACGACACAAUGAUGUCUGGCGAUGCCAUGGAAACUACGAGGCUUGGUCCUCUCAACGAGCUGAAGCCCAAGGGUCCUCUUCCCGGCCAGACCGCCGAGAACCCCAACGAGCUGCCUCGCCCCUACAAGUGCCCCUUGUGCGAUAAGGCCUUCCACCGCCUUGAGCACCAGACGAGACACAUCCGCACUCACACUGGAGAGAAGCCUCACGCGUGCCAGUACCCUGGCUGCAGCAAGAAGUUCUCUCGCUCAGACGAGCUUACCCGCCACUCAAGAAUACACAGCAACCCUAACUCAAGGAGAGGCAAGAACCAGUACAACUCUGGCCCUCAGUCACAUAUGCCCCAGGAUGGCAUGAUGGCUCCUCCUCCCGCACCCAAGACGAUUCGUUCUGCGCCUACUUCGAGCUUGUCCUCGCCCAACGUCUCGCCGCCGCAUUCCUUCUCUCAGUACGUCUUGCCCGCUCACCCGGGACACGGCAGCCCCUUUGGCCGCCAGUCCAACAUGGACAUCUCCAUUUUGGCAAAGGCUGCCAACCAGGUCGAGCGUGAGACGCUCACCGCACCGCCUUUCCACGGCUCUUCUGCCAGACAUCACCCCUACUACUCCCAUAGCCUGCACAACUCGCGCGGCCACCUUCCCUCCCUCUCAGCUUAUCACAUGUCGAGAUCGCACUCCAACGACGAGCACAACGAUGACCACUACGCUGGUUCUCGCCACGCAAAGCGAUCUCGCCCUAACUCGCCCAACUCCACGGCACCCUCCUCUCCUACCUUCUCCCACGACUCCUUGUCGCCUACUCCGGACCACACCCCCAUCGCUACACCCGCUCACUCCCCGAGACUUCGCCCCAUGGGAUAUGAGUUGCCUUCUCUCCGCAACCUUUCCCUGCAGCACGCAGCGCCUCCUGCUUUGGCUCCUCUCGAGCCUCACCUGGAGACUCCUUACCUGCCUCCUCCUCCCGCGCCUACCAGCGCCGGAACGCCCACCCGCAACGGCGCUUCUUUGGCAGACAUCAUCAGCCGGCCUGACGCUGGCAGGAAACUGCCAGUCCCCAAGAUCGGUGUUCACCAGCUUCUGGACGGAAACGACGGCUUCCAGAGCGGCAGGAGUUCCACCACUGGCAGCGUUGCCGGUGGCGACCUCAUGGAUCGGAUGUGA